AUGGCAGAAGACGUUCCUGAAGAGAAACCUCUCGUCCCACCUUACCGCAACGCAGACCAUUGUGCAAAAGCCUUCCAAACAAUGAACAGUUUACGUUUACAAAACAUAUUGUGUGACGUCAUAAUUAAAACAGGCUCGGUAGAAUUCCCGGCACACAAGGUUGUCCUCGCAUCAUGCAGUGCAUACUUCUACGCAAUGUUUACAGGAGAACUGUCGGAAAGUAAACAAAUGAAUGUGACAAUGAAAGAUGUUGACCCUGUUGCCUUGGAGAUGUUGCUCGAGUUUGCAUACACGGCUGAAAUACAAGUCACAGAGGAAAAUGUUCAGGUAUGGUAGUGUACACUAUUAUUUUAUUUUCUGAGGAGGAUGUUCCCCCAAUAUUCCCCAAAUCAUUAAUAUUUAGUGUGGCCUCAAAUACAAUCCCCUGUUCCCCAAAUUUCACUCUGAUUCAUUCUCCCCUCCAAUGCAAACAUCUUAAGUUUGUGCCCCCCCCCCCUCAAUUUUAGCCCUAAAAGUUUUGCCCCUCUCCCCAAAGUUGACCCUAUUAAUCCCUUCUCAAAAAGCCUUCAACAUUGUAUGGUCAAAUUUCAGCCGUUCCUUGCGGUAUCAACAAUAUUAAGCAUUGCAAUUAUCAAACGUUAUCAGCAAUAAGUUAUUGGAUUGUAACCCUAACCCCACCCUAACCUCUAAUCCCCACCACCUAACCUCUAACCCCCACCCCCUAACUCCUACCCUAACCUUUAACCCCCACCCCCUAACUUCUAACCCCCAUCCCCUAACAUCUAACCCCUACCCCCUAACUUCUAACCUUCUCCCAAAUUUUGUUUUGCCCUUCCCCGGUGAACAUCCUGAAUAGCCCCAAAAUAUCAUUGUUCCCUGGUGUGCACUUCAUCCCCCCCCCCCCACAUUGCACUCUAACCCCUCCUCCCCCCUAUUGAUCUUCAACUUUUGCCCAAACAGCACCUUACACUGUCACUGACCAUAUUGAAAAUUCUGUUGACUAGAUUUUACUGCCAGUUGCAAGUCUUCUGCAGAUGACGGAAGUCAGAGUUGCUUGCUGGGAAUUUCUCAAACAACAGUUAGACCCCUCCAACUGUCUGGGUAUACGACGUUUUGCUGACGUUCACUCAUGCAUGGAGCUGUUGGAAGCGGCACAUUCUUACACAGAGCAACAUUUCUCAGAAAUUGUCCAUGGAGAAGAGUUCUUGAAUCUUCCUGCGAUGCAGAUUUGUGAAUUGAUUUCCAGCGACCAACUAACUGUGCCUUCAGAGGAGAAGGUAAAUAAUACACCCAUUACAGUCGAUUUCACAAAACGUUGACCACAAAUGUUCCAAACUUCGUUGCAAAAUUCAAAAGUUCAUAUGAUGAGAUUCACAAUCCAGUUUGUAAACUACGCAUUUGAUUGGCUACUUUUACUUCAGGGACCAAUCAGGGACUUUGUUUACAAAUUUGCUUGUGAAUUCCAAUAUAUGAACUUCCGAACUUCGUAACAAACUUGCGAACUUCACAACAAAGUGGUCAAAGUUUCGUGAAAUCCACUGUAAGGACCAUAAUCAUAAUCAUAAUCAUGAUUGUAAUCAAUUGAGAGGAAUUCAAAGAAAUUUUGAAGUUGAAAAUUUUCAACUUUUAACAAUGAUAUUUUCGGAAAAUUUUCUGUCUGUAGAAAAUUUUCCUGAGUGGAAAUGAGCCUUUAUUUUUAAGCUGCAUUUGCACACAAAUGGACCCGCCUUUAUUAUUUUACUCCGUUUAUUAUGCCAGAAGAUUUUACUCAUCAAGACUCAAGAGGAGAGUAAAAAUAAGUAAAGCCUCGGCCCUCGAUCAAACGCGACUGCCUGACAGUCACGCAUUGUUUCAGGGGACAUUUGAAGCUCUAGACUAAAAAAAUUAAAAGUUUGAUGAGUGUUUCAACUAUGUUUUAACUUAAAUAAAAUACAUGAUAGUGUUGGGAAAGCAUUAAGAACAGCUAACCAAGAUCACGCCAACUCUCAUGAACUCUCAUCCUCGUUUCAUCCGAGCUUAACGGUUUAAAUUGGUAGCAUUGAGUGUACUUGCACUGCUGUUGUACGACUUGUAUACAACAUCUAUCACCCUAUCAUCAAGGUUCUCUUCCUGGGGCUAGUUGUAUCAAGCCCGUUUAGCUUAAACGGUGGUUAAGCUCAAAAUAGAAAGCAAGUCUAUAGAUUCAUUCAACAACCAAACUAGAAGUUUUGAACCUUAAUAGAAUGAUAAUGUUUACAACUAUACAUAUUCAGUGCACAAUAUUUAACUGAUUCACGAGAGAUAUAAGAGUGAUAUUUAAUUUUGACUUAUCCACCGUUUAAGCUAAAUGGGCUUGAUACAACCGGCCCCUGCAUAUUAUACAGUUGCUUGGUUAUGCCAGAAAAUGCGGAUUCGGAGAGGGAUAUUGAACAGCCUGAAGAAUACAAAUCAAACGUCGACGUUUCUAGCGAAAGCCUUUCGCCAGGAAGUCAUCCAAGCCACCACUUUUCCUCUGUUCAAAACGCCAAAGUUUUACUUGGUGUAUUUUGCAGGCAGUUGAAUCUUUCCAUUCCGCAGUUUCUGUUGUUGUCACCCAGGCCGGAUUUUGGUAGAAAUGGUGGGGGAGGUGGGUGCAGUGGUCUAGUUCACGGCCUCCAUUGAACGUAAAGUCAACUACAUGACGUAUGCAUGUACUGUAUGUAUCAGUGUAUUUAUGAACUUUCCAAGGCGAGAUGCAUGACUUUUCAGACGAGGUGCAAAACAAUCUCGGCGUCAACUAUUUCGCUGACCUCAGAAUAACAUUUUGUCAAAACUUUUUUCUUCGAGAUUGGUUUAGAAACAAAUUUGGAGUAGGGUUAGUGUUAGUAAAACCCGUUGCUUUGUUGUGUUUUGUCACUCUGAGGCCAGCGAAAUAAUUUCUUCCAACAAUCUCAGGGGAGGCCCAUACCUCCCCUCAAAAUCCUGCCUUCGUUGUUACAAUCGAAGCUGGAACAUUUCAUCUUGUCUGAUUAUGGUUGCAUUUGAGUAGCCUACGUGCAGCUGACUUUUCGAUGGGGAAGAGUCUGCACGUAGGGUUGCAUUUGAGUGUUUCUAAGCAUGGUGGUUGGUAUACUGUAUUUGACGACGCAAUGCUCUGGUCAGGGGGUGGUUGGAUUAACACUGCCAGUAGUUGGAAAUAGGUUGGUUAAAGCAACAAAAUUAUGGUAGUAAUUCGUGGCUUAUACUGUACUACAGUAUGUUAUGGUUGCACCACAGUGACAAGGUCAAUCAAGAUCAGAAAUAUAUUCGUGCUCUUCGCUUAACUAGUGACGUCAAUAUGACGUCAUGACGUCAACUUUGUCUUCAGGCCUCGAGAUUUUAGUUGAUUGAAUCAAUUUAUUACACUUGUAACGUUCAACCGAAAGACAAAGUCUUCCCAAGUAGAUGAUAAUGCUUCAAGUGACGAUAUUCUUUGUAUCUGCUAACUAGAUUAUACUUCAAAUUAAUGGCACAAUGGAAUUUAACCUUCGUCACAAAGGCAGAUUAAUGUAAAUCCAGUUAGAAUUAAAGUUAUUGCAUGUUAAGAUAAUUGAUUUGAAGCGUAUUGUACGUCAUGAAGUUUGACUAAUUACUUGCAAAGACGUCUUUUGACCAAAGUGUUAAUCCUACCAUUGCAUACAGUGUCUUUUAUCACGUACAGUUACAUACAAAAUUAAAAUGCAUGCAGCUGAGAGCUAAGCUGAAUUACGAAAGAAAAACAGCUCAAUCUGAUCGAGUCGAAGGCUUUCUAAGGACGCCUCUGGCAGCCACCUCAUGACUCAUGUCUGAUCACAGAGUACAGCUACGGUGGAAGGGUCAGUAUGGGGCCAAACCCAACCGAACUGUCAACAUUCUCUGCGACUCUCGGUAGAGCGUUGACUAACUCUUUUCACAUAAAUGUCUUGCGUUGUAAACGAGCAUUGAACCUACGUUCUCAGAGGUGAAAUGUACGUUUUAAAAUUAUCUGAUUUUUUUUAGUAUCUGUCCCAAUGUAUUUGAAAAUGAUUGUUCGUGUACGGAUAAAGAAACUCCCCAUCCUUGCACGCCCAGUAAAUUAAUUUCGAAGUGUCUGUGGCAGUGUAGGUCGUGGCAAUAAUAAGAAAGCUUCAGAUUGAUAGAGAUACAACUACCUGAAAAAUACAAGGAGAACUUCGACGUUUCGAAGGGCCUUCGCUCGAAGCGUCAAAGACAAAGUUGUGUUUAUAUUUUCCCGGUACAGUACAGUAAAAGCCCGCUAACCAGAACCUAUAAAUUAUGCACAAAUGAUCUAAAAAAUGACAGUAUAUGCAUUAUACCAACUCUAUAUGCACUUUAAAGCUACAUUGAUUGUAACUUAUGACUUAAUUUUGACUCUAUUUGAUAAUAUAAGAAUCUGUUUGUGUGAUGUUACUCUGAGAGUGUAUCCACACCGGGCAGGCUUGAAAAAUAUGCCUGGCCACGGCGGGAUUCGAACCUACGACCUUUGGAAUACUAGCCCGGUGUGGAUACACUCUCAGAGUAACAUCACACAAACAUCUUAUUCACCUGAGUACAUUAUACCAACACAGCAGAUUUCAUGAUUAUUAGAUUACACUGAUAUCGAAGGAACUAGACUCAGUUCCGAAAUAUCGCAUACUUGAACCGUCCUGACCGCGUAGCUCAGUUGGAAGAACAUUGGGCUAGUAUUCCAAAGGUCGUAGGUUCGAAUCCCGCCGUGGCCAGGCAUAUUUUUCAAGCCUGCCCGGUGUGGAUACACUCUCAGAGUAACAUCACACAAACAUCUUAUUCACCUGAGUACAUUAUACCAACACAGCAGAUUUCAAUAUAAGAAUCUGUUCUGAAAUUCUAGCCUGAACAGGUUCUUCUUUAAAGCGGGUCUAAAUAAACUAUUUUAGCCUGACAAGUUCUUAAAUUCUAUAAAUCAUAUACCAUACCUCCUUAAAAUGAGUCGCUUUUCUCUUAUAAAGGUGAUGUAAAGUCCGUUCUGCGCAGGCCUGCAUUCCAAUCACCGCGACCCGACCACUGGAAUGUUGUUAUUAUUUCGCACCUUCCGAACUUUCUUGAAUUGAAUCUCUAGUCUGUAUUCAUUUACAAGCAUAGCGAACCAGAAGAGUGUUAAAAAUUCAGUAUAAUAUAUAUCUAAUCAUAUUUUACAACUGUAGCAUUGAGUUCAAAAUGUAAACAAAGCGUUUGUUUACAUUACGGACUUUACAUCACCUUUAAGAAGUUAAGAACCUAUUUAAGAACCUGUUUAGCCUAAUUUCCUGGUAAGCACGUUUCCAUACGAACCUGGCUAGGCCGAACUUGGAAAAUCUAGGUUCUUAUAUGCGGGGUUUUACUCUAGUUGUACUGUAUCUCGUAUAUCUUGAAGGGCUAGCUCGUCACUACAAUGUACAGUAGACAAACUAAUCUUUUGUAUAAUUAAACUAUUUUCUAGGUGUUUGAAGCUGUUGUGUCUUGGGUUGAACACAGUUCAGAAGAGCGACAAGAGUAUUUUGCUCAGUUAAUGGAGCACGUUCGUCUGCCCUUACUCUCGCGUGAAUAUUUGGUCGAACGUGUCGAGAGCGAAUCUUUAAUAAAACGGAACUUUGCUUGUAAAGACUUUCUCAUUGAAGCCAUGAAGUACCACUUGUUGUCAAGCGAGCAGCGGUCGGUAUUGCAGACGCCAAGGACUCGCCCCAGGACUCCGGUCGGGUUGCCGAAAGUCAUGUAUGUUGUUGGAGGCCAGGCACCUAAGGCUAUACGAAGGUGAGAAAAUUGGUCGUUUUCACUCAGCGUUACAGAGUGCAUACAAUGAAAAGAAAAGUGGUUGCUUCCAGCUUAACUCUACCAAAUAUAGCCUGUUUCCUCCAUGAUCCUUACCAGAUCUCGAGGAAGAACAGUUUGGAAUUGAUAGAGUUAUCCAGUAUAAAUAAAGUUAGUUUAGUUUAGGUUUCCUCCUGUAGUGACACUGGAUUAAUAAGAGAUGAUCCUUACUGGACCUCUAGGAAGAACAGUUUAGAACUGAUAGAGCUAUCCAGUAUAAAUAAAGUUAGUUUAGUUUAGGUUUCCUCCUGUAGUAACACUGGAUCAAUAAGAGAUGAUACUUACUGGACCUCUAGGGAGAACAGUUUAGAACUGAUAGAGCUAUCCAGUAUAAAUAAAGUUAAUUUAGUUUAGGUUUCCUCCUGUAGUAACACUGGAUCAAUAAGAGAUGAUCCUUACUGGACCUCUAGGGAGAACAGUUUAGAACUGAUAGAACUAUCCAGUAUAACUAAAGUUAGUUUAGUUUAGGUUUCCUCCUGUAGUAACACUGAAUCAAUAAGAGAUGAUCCUUACUGGACCUCUAGGGAGAACAGUUUAGAACUGAUAGAACUAUCCAGUAUAAAUAAAGUUAGUUUAGUUUAGGUUUCCUCCUGUAGUAACACUGGAUCAAUAAGAGAUGAUCCUUACUGGACCUCUAGGGAGAACAGUUCAGAACUGAUAGAACUAUCCAGUAGAAAUAAAGUUAGUUUAGUUUAUCCUUCAUUCCAUUCCAGUGUUGAAUGUUACGACUUCAAGACGGAGCAGUGGCAUCAGGUCGCUGAAAUGAACAGUCGGCGCUGUCGGGCAGGUGUGGCGGUUAUGGACGGGUGUAUUUAUGCAGUAGGGGGCUUUAAUGGAUCUCUAAGGAUAAGGACAGUAGAUUGCUAUGAUCCCCUACGGAACCAAUGGCGUACCGUAGCAUCCAUGGAGGCCCGCCGGAGUACCCUUGGAGCGGCUGUUCUCAAUGGCUUGCUUUAUGCAAUUGGAGGUUUUGACGGGACUACAGGAUUAAACACUUGUGAGGUUAGUUAGUGAUGUUGCAGAGUUAUAAACUAAGUUUACACCUGAUCUGGAUGUUAGAUUAGUUUAGGAUAAGAGACGAAUCAUACUGGAUCUCUCGAGAGAACAGUGUUGAAGUGAUAGAGCUAUUUGAAAAGGGAGUUCUGCCAUUUGAAAAGGGAGUUCUGCCAUUUGAAAAGGGAGUUCUGCCAUUUGAAAAGGGAGUUCUGCAAUUUGAAAAGGGAGUUCUGCCAUUUGAAAAGGGAGUUCUGCCAUUUGAAAAGGGAGUUCUGGAAUUUGUAAGGGGAGUUCUGGAAUUUGUAAAGGUAGUUCUUGCAUUUAGUUUAGAUUUCCUCCUGUAGUAACACUGGAUCAAGAAGAGAUGAUCCGUAAUUACUGGUCCUCUAGGAAGAACAGUUUGAAACUGAUAGAGCUAUCCAGUAUUAAUAAAGUUUUCUCUCAUUUUAGAUUUACGACCCUAAGACAAAUGAAUGGAGGUAUAUCUCACCGAUGAGCAGCAGACGAAGCAGUGUGGGAGUCGGCGUCCUAGGAGGCUUGUUGUAUGCAGUCGGCGGUUAUGAUGGUGCAUCCAGACACUGUCUAAGUUCAGUGGAGUGUUAUAAUCCUGUCACGAAGGAGUGGGGUCUGGUGUGUGACAUGAGCACCAGACGCAGUGGGGCUGGAGUUGGGGUGAGCUUUGAUCCUGUUUUUACUGAUUGCCAUUAAACUCUUUCCUGUCCGAAGGCCGCAGGGGCUGUCUAGCGGAUAGUGACCUUGUCAGCUUAAAAAUACUUAAAAGUAUUUUUUUAUUAUGCAAAGUAUUAUGCAAAUGUAAGCAUUUGAUUGGUUAAUCGGAUAUAUCAACGCAUCUGAUUGGUUAAUCGGAUAUAUCCAACGUAUCUCAUUGGUUAAUCGGAUAUAUCCAACGUAUCUGAUUGGUUAAUCAGAUAUAUCAAACGCAUGUGAUUGGUUAAUCGGAUAUAUCAAACGCAUCUGAUUGGUUAAUCGGAUAUAUCAAACUCAUCUGAUUGGUUAAUCUGAUAUAUCAAACUCAUCUGAUUGGUUAAUCUGAUAUAUCAAACGCAUCUGAUUGGUUAAUCGGAUAUAUCAAACGCAUCUGAUUGGUUAAUCUGGUAUAUCAAACGCAUCUGAUUGGUUAAUCGGAUAUAUCAACGCAUCUGAUUGGUUAAUCGGAUAUAUCAAACGCAUCUGAUUGGUUAAUCGGAUAUAUCAAACGCAUUUGAUUGGUUAAUCGUCCCUUAAUGGUAGAGGUGGCGGUAGUGGAAGUCAAAGAUGAACCUCUCUGCUGCCUACACUGGUACCGACCAACUCCUUCUCGUCUUCGCCCUUUUCUCGCCACUACAAUACUUCAUUUAAACUCGCCAUAUGCGCAUCGCUGUUUUUUUUUCAAAGAGACGCCUGGGUACGAGACAGGGUACCGACCAUUUGAGCCUACAUCAUACUGUAUGUUGAAGAGAACUCUCUGUUCUUUGUAGGUUUCAGAUGGUUUGCUUUUUGCAAUUGGCGGCCACGAUGGACCUCAUGUACGAAAAAGUGUAGAAUGUUACAACCCCGAGCUCAACCAAUGGCAGGCUGUGGCUGAUAUGAGCAUGUGCAGACGCAAUGCGGGCGUCGCCUCUGUCAAUGGACUUCUGUUUGUGGUCGGAGGUGAUGACGGGUCAGCGAAUCUUAAUUCUGUGGAAGUUUACAACCCCAGGACGAAUCAAUGGGGAUUGCUGUCCUCGUGUAUGGGGAUAGGGCGGAGCUACAGUGGGGUCUGUGUCAUUGAUAAACAACAGAGAGAGGGUGUUCUACCACAUUAGAACACAUUUGAAG